UCGAUGUAGCUACUUUAGCUGCCCCACCAUUUCCACUUAGACGCGGUUCAGGUUACAGGCGUCAUCCUCCGGGCGCGUGCACAAUUCGAACGAUUUCAUGACCGCGUCUCCCAUUUGCCAUCAACCCGCAAUUGUCUUUAACCCAUGGUUUUAUAACAAGCUACCUUAAUCCCGCUUUUACGAAAAGCUUCACAAUGGCUUCACGAUUAGCAUCAAGACCUGCUACGAACAACAAUAUCGAUAACUACGAUGUCGACGAUGACGAUGACCCAUUUGCUGAGUCAGGGGACGACGCAGCUCGUAAGAGUAAAGCCCCCGACACACAGUCCAAGAAACGGAAAGAUGCGAGCAGCCUUGGUAUCGAUGAAGCCGUUUCCGUCAGCAAGAAACCAAGGGUACCACGAGUCAAACUAGACGAAACCCGGCUCCUGUCAGACGAUGGAAUACCUAAACUGCGGACUAAAGCCCGGAAUCUCAAGUUCAAAGGGAAAGGCCACGAGUUCUCCGACGCUGCCCGGUUAUUGUCCUUCUACCAGCUCUGGCUUGAUGAUCUCUUCCCCAAGGCUAAGUUUGCCGAUGCACUUACUAUGGUUGAGAAGGCGGGUCACAAGAAUCGGUUGCGAUUGCAGCGCAUAAAGUGGAUUGAUGAGGGACGGCCGAGAGCUGGCGGCUUAGAAAAUAACGACGACGACGACGAUCCUUUUGGCGAGUCGAAUCAACCCGAAGAACGAGAUCCUGCCAUAUAUCCAGCUAGAAUUGCUCCCAUAUUCCAGAACAACUCGGAUAGGCGCGCUAAGACGCCGGUUGAAAACGACCCAUUCGACGGAGACAUUUACGACGCAAGCCCUCGGCAACCGACAGGAGCCGCGCCCACUACAGAGUCGAUGUUCGGAAAUGGCGAGCCUGACGAGGAUGAUCUGGACGCCCUGAUGGCAGAAGAGGAGGCACAACAGAAAGCAUCAACUUCUCUAUUCGGAAGCGGGAAGACGACACAGAAAUCACUACCACAACUCCGGCAAGAUGAUGACGAUGAAGACGAUCUGGAUGCGUUGAUGGCAGAGGCAGCAGGCGAGCCACCUAACACGACAACCACGAGACCAGUGAGUGAUAAGCACACCACAAGGGCUAUAAUAGAUGAGGACGUGGAUGAUCUGGACGCGCUUAUGGCCGAGGCCGAAGGUUCAACGGCCGAAAAACCGUCAUCACAUAAUCCAAAAGCAGCAAACAGAGAGGAACGCCCUCCCUCAGCUCACCUCGUAGAUGAAGAUGAAGAGGCGGCCAUGGCGGAGAUGGAGGGGUUAUGGUAGUUAUGAUGAUACGGCACCUAAUUGAGUAAGCAUGAUUGGGUAUGGGUAUCCACGCUAUGCAUGUCAUUUAUUGCAUGGUUUGGCGUAACUGGUUCGGGAAACGACAGUCAGCAGCAUUGUAAUGGCAUUGGGCAAAGGUUUUGUUUCCGAAAUGAAGUGGGAUGAUAACUGUAAGAGGUCUUGUUACUUGCCAUGGCGAACCAAAUCUAUUUAUUCACAGAUAGUGUUCAUGUUCAUACUAGGUAGUGAGCGGGUGUGCGCCGGUUCAUAGUCGUAAGGCUAUGACGUGAGUUAGCGGGGUAGCUAUACUGUAUUGUAGGGCCCACUGCCUGUACCUACGGAAGCAUCUGCACCCUAGAAGUAACCUGGAUCUGAGUUUAUAGCUACCUGCUAGGUACCCCACCCACUGGAAUGCCACUAUUUCGCUAAAGCUUGG